AUGUCGUGCCAGAACCCUCGCCGCCGGUCCCCUGUGACCCGCGUCGGCGACGCUUCCAGCAAUGGCCUCACCAGCCUUAAGACCAACAUGACCCUGCGCAAGGGUGCCACCUUCCACUCGCCCACCUCUCUCGACUCUUCAUCCAUCGACGCCUUCAUCCCCCCAGCUCUUGGUCGUUCUCAGACCAACCUUGAAGACGUUGUCGGCGCUCACGUUCGCCGCAUGGAGAUGAUCGUCAGCGGCAUCGAGACAUCACUCAAUCUGAAUGAUACCCCAAGGCCGGCCUCCAAGCCUUCGCGUGACGAGUGCCUGCCUCGCACAAACGGCUUCCUCGGCCGCCCUACUGUCGACCCCGCCAUGGCAAAAGACACCAAGACCAGCGGGGAGCGCCGCGUUCUGCGCCCAAGACAUCGUCGCUCAUCGGAGCAGCACGCUUCGGACAGCGGUCUCGGCACCUCUCUGGCCUCUUCCGUCGAGAAGCAGGCCCCCAGCAUCACCUCUAAGACCAGCAAGGCAUCCGCCAUUACACGCUCUGCUGCCGCUCCGUCCAACACCAUGACCAAGGUCUCUGGCCUGAGCUCCAAGGCGGUCAGCCGUGUUCACGAACACGUGCUUCGCCCCCUUCGUGCCAAGCCUGAGCUGAAGGACUUCGAGCCCAUCGUCCUGGACAUUCCCAGGCGAAUCCGUGACAAGGAAAUCAUCUGCCUCAGGGAUCUUGAGAAGACUUUGAUCUUCAUGGCACCGGAGAGGGCCAAGACCGCCGCCUUGUACCUCGAUUUCUGCCUGACGUCCAUUCGAUGCAUUCAAGCCACCGUCGAAUACCUCAGCGACCGCGAACAAAUUCGACCGGCCGACCGACCAUACACUAACGGAUACUUCAUUGAUCUCGUCGAACAGAUUCGCCAAUACGCCGGACAACUGGCCACUGCCAAGGAAGCCGGAGUCGAGGGGCGUGAGAUGGACGUCGACCCCACCGACGAGGUUAAGCUGUUCGGUGGCAUCUCGCAGAACGGCCGCCCCGCCGAGCUUGUCCGCGUCAGAAAGGACGGUCAAGCCAUCUCCAUGGCCACUGGCCUCCCCGUUGACAUGGAUGAGGACGGCAAGGAUUUCCCCAGACUGAAGCGCUCCCUGAGCCAGCAGCUGGCAGACGACGAGGAGAUCAUGCGGUCCAUGGCUCGCAGGAAGAAGAACGCGACGCCGGAGGAGCUCGCGCCCAAGAAAUGCCGCGAGCCUGGCUGCAACAAGGAGUUCAAGCGUCCCUGUGACCUGACCAAGCACGAGAAGACUCACUCUCGUCCCUGGAAGUGCCCUGUCAAGACGUGCAAGUACCACGAGUACGGCUGGCCCACCGAGAAGGAGAUGGACCGCCAUCACAACGACAAGCACUCCUCAGCGCCCCCCAUGCACGAGUGCCUGUUCAAGCCUUGCCCUUACAAGUCGAAGCGCGAGUCAAACUGCAAGCAGCACAUGGAGAAGGCCCACGGAUGGCAGUACGUCCGCACCAAGACCAACGGCGGCAAGAAGGCGCCCAGCGUUGCUGGAAGCUCGGCACAGCCGACCCCUCAGCUUGGCAACAUGGCAACGCCCUCGAGCAGCCACAGUAUUGCUACGCCGCCCGAGGAGAGCACCAGCCUCUUCCCGCCUUUUAACCACGAUGACUUCCCUCACUACGUCCCGGCCGAGGAGUUUGCUGACACCUGUCUCGGGCCCAUGGGACAGCCGCCCAUGACGCUCGAGGGUAUCGACUUUAACGACCUUGGCGUGUCUCCCACUGACUACAACACCCCUUCUACCGACACAUCCUACCCAUACACCUCCUACCAGGAUGGACCCGAGUUUGUCAUCAACAACGAUGACAUUUACGGCGCCCAUGUCCAGAUCCCGACACCCGCGUGGCCCGAAAAGAUGAUGGCUGGCAUGCAGAACUACGCCCCAGUGUCUGCUUGCCAACCUCAGAUGAUGCCCGAGCCGCUCGCCCCACACAUCUCCCCGAUAGGUCAGGGGAACGCCAUGCUCUUCACGCCCAACUCGUUGGCCGAGGUUGACGAAGGCUUUGAUGAUUUUGGCGGCUGUGGUGAUGAUUUCACCUUGUUCCCCGUCAACGGGCUCGACAAGGACGCACAAUUCCAGACUCUGUUCGGCAGCGAGAUGCCCAGCAGCGGCCUCGGCUUGUCUCAGGGCGCCUCCCAGGACUUCUUUGGGAACGGCAUGGACUGGUCCAGCAUGGAAUACCACACCUACUCACAGCAGCCCCAGCACCAGCAGUAGAGUGAUGUUGUGAGACUUCACUUACUGGUUGGUUUGGGAUGGCCUGUUUCUUUUACGUUCUCUCCAGAGAUUGCCGAUACGAUGACUUUCGAUUUGGCUCAUGAUGUUACGAUGAAGACUUGUUUGACAAUGGCGUCAAACACAUAAGGAGUGUUUUGCUUUUGUUUCCUUGGCUUGCUGUAUAUUUACACUCUUCUCCAUUUGACCUCUUUCUUUGACGAUGUCUCAGCUCAAGAAAACCAGUUGCUCGAGGAGAUAGCCCAAUGUGGCAAGAUGGCGAGAGAAGGAGGACGGGAGGGUCGGAGUGAGCCAAACAAUCAGGCAACAGGACGUCGGACAUGUUGCUUUCCCCUGUCUGGAUAUUUGUCGAUAGCUUGGAAGGAUUUGGUCGAUUUGCUGUGCCUUGAAAUGGCUCUUGGGAUCUGGUAAUGGCACGAAGCCACAAAGAAUGCAGACCCUCUCAUUUGACCCAC